AAUUCUCUCUCUCUCUCUCUGGGUUUGCAGAAAUGUUGAGAAGGUUGCUGGUGCAAGUUUCUGCUCAACGCCGUCAAUGUCUCUCAACGCCUCUUUCUGCGGCCGCUUUGCGACAAUGGUCUUCUUCUUCGACACCAUCCCAACUUGGAAGCAGCUCUUUGGUCGAACACUCGGGGGAUUCUAACCAAUCCACCGAACCCACUCCUCAACCGUCUACAACCAUCUCCAUCGAUCGUUCCGGCCUGUACAAUCCUCCUGAGCAUUCUCAUGAGCCCUCUACGGAUUCUGAGCUGGUUAAGCAUCUCAAAGGCAUCAUCAAGUUCCGUGGUGGGCCAAUUUCAGUCGCGGAGUACAUGGAGGAAGUUUUAACAAAUCCGAAAGCUGGCUUCUACAUUAAUCGUGAUGUGUUUGGAGCAGAAGGCGAUUUCAUAACUUCUCCUGAAGUAAGCCAGAUGUUUGGUGAGAUGAUUGGUGUUUGGGCUAUGUGUUUAUGGGAGCAAAUGGGACAACCAAAGAGAGUGAACCUGAUUGAAUUGGGUCCAGGAAGAGGAACUCUCAUGGCUGAUCUUCUACGUGGUGCUUCAAAAUUUAAGAACUUUAGAGAUUCAAUGCACAUUCACAUGGUUGAAUGCAGUCCAACAUUACAGAAAGUUCAGUAUAGUAACCUGCAGUGUGUGGAUGAGGAUAUCUCCAACAUGAAUAUAGAGAAAAGAACCAUAAGCACAUUGGUUGGAACCCCUAUAUCCUGGCAUGCUACACUGGAGGAGGUUCCAACGGGAGUGCCAACAAUCAUCAUUGCCCACGAAUUCUACGAUGCUCUACCAGUUCACCAAUUUCAGAAAACUUCUCGCGGCUGGUGUGAGAAAAUGAUUGAUGUUGCAGAAGAUUCAUCAUUUCAAUUCGUUCUCUCUCCACAACCUACUCCUGCAAAUCUGUAUCUCAUGAACCGCUUCAAGUGGGCUGCAGCUGAGGAAAUGUCUAAUCUUGAUCAGACUGAGGUUUGUCCCAGCGCAAUGGAGUUGACUCAAACAAUUGCAAAGAGAAUUAGUUCUGAUGGAGGUGGGGCUCUUAUAAUUGAUUAUGGCCUGAAUGGAGUAGUGUCAGACAGUCUUCAGGCAAUUCGAAAACACAAGUUCGUCAACAUAUUGGACAAUCCCGGAACUGCUGAUCUUAGCGCAUAUGUUGAUUUUGCUUCUAUAAGGCACUCUGCUGAGGAAACUUCAGAAGACGUGUCAGUCCAUGGGCCUAUCACUCAAUCUCAGUUUCUAGGUUCUCUUGGCAUAAAUUUUCGAGUCGAGGCACUGCUUGAAAACUGCACAGAUGAACAAGCAGAGUCUUUGAGAACAGGGUAUUGGCGUUUGGUAGGUGAAGGUGAAGCCCCAUUCUGGGAGGGUCCUGAUGAUCAGGUACCCAUUGGAAUGGGUACUCGGUAUCUGGCUAUGGCUAUUGUAAACAAGAAGCAAGGCAUUCCAGUUCCGUUUUAGUGAAGUUUGAGCUAAAUUGUGGCAUCUGCUGAGAUUCCUUAUGGCAGGGUGCAUUUACACCACUGGUUUAUUCUAUAACUAAUCUUAGAGAUACCCCACUAUUGUACUUGCAGCAUCAAAUCUUGUUGCCAUCCGUUCACUUCUCAAUCAGGUUCUUUUUCUUUUUUGGCAGUUUUGAUAGAAGUUUCCUGUGUUUUACCAUUCUCACAGGUUGAUGCACUUUCUAUCGUGUACUGUCUAGAUUAUAUUUGAGGGGUACAACACUACAAAUAAGGCUUGACUUCAAACAAUAACAAUCAAAUUUGAUGUAGAGUGAUAUAAACUACUUUCUUUUCA